AUGUCUUUCGACAAACAACAUAAUUAUAUUUCACCGCAAAAUAAUAAUCUGGAGACAUUUUCUCUUAUAUGGCUCGAAACAUCAUUGAAUGAAAAGAAGAAGUAUAUUGAUAUUCAACAGCGUCUCCGAGCAUCGAUCAACUGUUUAAAGAUAUUUCAAGAUAGUGAUGAAUGUGAAAAUUAUAUUCGAUCGAUAUCGAAAGAUAAUCGAAUUAUUUUAAUCAUAAAUGAUCAAUCAGGUGAAGAAUUACUAGUAGUGCCUCGAAUUCAUCAACUGAGACAAGUUUUUUCGAUUUAUAUAUAUUGUACAUGUGAAGAAAGAAACCAACAAUGGACUAAAACAUUUCCUAAGGUAAAAAAUGUCGGUACACAAUUCGACACAUUUGUGAAUGAAAUUGAAUCUAAUCAAAUGAGAAGUAUUCGUAAUAAAGUUGACGAACCAUUUCAAAUAAAUAUUUUCAAAAUGAACAGUUGUCAAGAUCUAUCGACUACUGGACUUAAUGGUCAAUUCGUUUAUUCACAUCUGCUUAUUGAUUGUCUACUGCGAAUGGAAUCGAAUCCAAAUGAUAAAAAAGAAUUGAUUGAUGUGUGCAAAAAAUAUUAUGAUGGGAAUGUAUCUCAAUUGAAUAUUUUAAAUGAGUUUGAACAUAAUUAUUCGCCUGAUAACGCUAUUUGGUGGUAUACAAGAGAAUCAUUUCUAUUUAGACUUUUAAACAAAGCCCUUCGUGUGCAAAAUAUUGAUUUACUUUUUCUGUUUCGAUUUUUUAUUCUUGAUAUUCGACAACAAUUAGUACAAUAUCAAUGUUUAUCAUCAAUGCAUAUUUAUCGAGGACAAUUGAUGUCGAAUGAAGAAUUACAAAUAUUGAAAAAUUCUAUUGGACAAUUAGUCUCAAUGAAUUCAUUUCUUUCUGCCAGUACUAAUCGUGACGUAGCACUCUUUUAUCUAUCAGAUUUUAUUCCGACAGAUGAUUUACAAAAAGUUUUGUUAGACAUUGAUGCCGAUCCUCUGCUUGUGGAUAAUAUACCAUUUGCCAAUAUUAUGCCACAUAGUUAUUUUCCUUCCGAAGAGGAAGUUCUUAUAAUGUUGGGAUCCAUCUUUCGACUUAUCGAUAUUUAUUAUGAUGAAAAUCAGGUAUAUAAUGUUCGUUUAACAUUAUGUAGUAAUAAUGAUUCUAGCGUUCAAACUAUUAUUGAAAACAUCAGAGAAGAGAGUGAGAAAAAUAACAAAGGAAUGACGAAUCUUCUGUCAUUUGGUAGUGUACUACGGACAAUGGGUAAAUUCUGUGAAGCUAAAAGGUAUUAUCAUCGUUUACUUAAUGAAUUAUCUUAUGAUCAUGAAUAUAUUGCCGAUUGUUACUACGGUCUUGGUAAAGUGGCUAAUGAGCAAGGCGAUUAUGAUUCUGGUCUUAGAUGGCAUCACGAAUCGCUUGAAACCAAGAUACGGACACUCGGUCCAAAUGAUCCUCGUCUUGUAGAUAGUUACCUCAAUAUGGGUGGCAUCUACAGUCGUAAAAAUGAGUAUAAACUGGCACUAGAAUCAUGCAAUAAAGCAUUCAACAUUAUAAAGCAGAUAUUCGGUGAAAAUCAUCCGUCAAUAGGAGAAUGUUUCAAUAACAUUGGUGUUGUGUAUGAAAUUGAGAAGAAAUAUACAGAAGCACUUAAGUACCAUCAGAAAGCAUUGGUUAUUUUCGAAAAGUGUUUCUCGACUAAUCAUCGUACAUUAGGCUUCUCACACAACAAUAUCGGCGACGUAUAUCGAAAUCUUGAUCAGUAUGACCUCGCACUAGAUCAUUACAAUCUAUCAAUUGAAAUCUUUCGACGAAUUUAUCCAUCUGGUCAUUCUUAUAUCGCAGAGUCGCUUAGUAGCAUUGGUCUCAUCUAUGAAAAGAAAGGGGAAUUGAAGCAAGCAUUAUCUUAUUUUGAAGAAGCAAUCACUAUGGAUUCUGAUACGGUACUUCCAACGCAUCCUCGUAUUAUUUUUCUUAAAAAUAGCAUUGAACGUAUUUUGAAGCAGAUCAAUGAAUAG